UCUUUUACUUUCAGUUCUAGUUUUGUUUUCAAUUUAUACGCUUAACCCAGAUCUAUUAUAUCAGGUACGCGUGAGCGGGAACCAAGUUGCAGUAGUGUAAAAUCAAACUCCAACUACUAGUAUCACUAUUGGGGACAACAGAAUCGGUGCCACUUACUCUUUAACUCAACAGCUACAAGCACCAUCUGCCACAUGUUAGUUCUUCUUCGACUACAUUUAUGCCUUCUAAAACAUCAUUUUUGCUUAAUGAUGACACUUUAACUGUGAAUGAUACACUUGAGCAGCUUGCCCCCUUUAAUUGUGAAUGAUGACAGUUGAGCUGUGUAAUCCUUUUCACUCUUUUUAUGAAGUUAAAAGCUGAACUUAAACAUAAUUUGUUUUGGUGAAAAGUGAACAAUGAAACAAGGAGAUUCCCGUAAUCAUUUCUUCUCCCUAAUGAGUUAUUUCUCCUUUCAAAUUGACGUAUGGAACAAAACAAAAGCCAAGUUAAUACUAAUUAAAGGAACCCGCUAGGGGCCAAAGCUUUCUCACACAAACCCAUUUGUUCUAUGGCUAGCCACUGAUUAUCUAUACUCUCCGAACUAUAUCUGUACGGAUAUAUGUUUCUUUUGGAAGGUUCUUCAUGUGCAUUAAAAUCUUUAACUUUGAAAUUAAAAGUUGAAGUUAAAAGCUAAACUUAAGCUCUGAACUUAAAAAUUAAAAGCUAAACUUAAAAAGACACUAUGGUGAGAAGUUAACAAUCAUCUUCAAAAACAGACGAGGGGCUGGUCGUAAUGGUAGUGUUUGGACAAACUAUCUUGGCACAAUUGUACGAAACUCACAAAUGUGUCCUGUAAGAGUAAAGGAAUGGGAUGACAUAUGUGAUGAACAGUUAGAACAUAUGUGGGCAGCAGCUAAGGUACUCGUUAUUUAUAAGUUAUUUCAUUGUUUUCUUAUGUAUCAAGUCUAGGAGAACUAGAAGCUAAGUAAUAUUGUUAUUACUUUUUGUAGGAAUAUUUUACACAUCCUCAAAUGGAAUCCUUCAAGAAAGAUGUUCUCAACCAUAUGCGCAGCUUGUGGGGAACUUGGAGAUCUAAAAUGAACUGUCGUCAUGUGAAGACUUGGGAAAAGUUGGAAGACAUUCUCAAUGAUGUUCCAGAAUAUCUAAGUAAAGAGGAUUGGGAGUGGUGUGUGAAGGAGAAGUUCCUUUCUGAAGAAUUUAAGGUGAAAUAUAUAAUAAUCAACUACUUUCUCCUACUAGUUUUAGCCCAAUAACUUGAUAUUUUCAUUUUAUAUUCAUUUUCUGUUUAUAUAGAAGAUAAGCAAGACCAAUGAAGAGAAUAGAGCAAUGAAAACAUGAAUCAACAUAGUGGGAGAAGGCCUGUCCGACAAAUUGCUUUGGAUUUGGAAGAGAAGUUGGGCAGACCUCCAACUGUAGCUGAGCUAGUGUUUGAGACCUAUAAGGAAGGAGACAUAAUAAAAGAUGAAGCAGCAAAUGAAAGACAUGCUAAAAUGACCGAGAUAAUCGAAGCCAAUCCAGACUUCACUGCACUUGAAGUGGUAGAAACACUUUUAGGAGAACAAAAGCGUGGUCAUGUAAUUUGUUUUGGAGGUGGCUUGAGGCCUAAGGAUUUGAAGAGCACAACUUCCACGAGGUAUGUGGGGGAUGCAAACUUGGAAGCCCAACUGAGAUAGUCAGAUGAAGAAAAAGAAGCUCUUCAACAAACUAUCACUGAAUUGAAAGAUACCGUUUCAGAACUAGCUGAAGAGUUGACUGGUUUGAAGGCUGAAGUAAAGAAGUUGCAAGAGAUGUUCGCAAGUAGUCAAAAUAUACAACACUAGGUACGUACAAUUGUGCCUCUUAGAAUACAACUUGGUUUUCUAU